AUGUGGCAGGCCCACCCGCACGAGCUCGCACAGCUCCGCAAGGUCUUCAGAGCAACGCUCCUGCCAAACAACGCCGAGCGAGGCGCCGCGCAUGAGUUCCUCGCACACGCAAAGACACAGGCGCUGUUUGAAAACUACCUCUGCCAGCUCUUGGUGCACGACUCCGAGGCCACGCCCGACGUGCGGGCCGCGGCAGGCAUGAACUUGAAGAACUCCGUGCUCCGGGACCGGCUGCGGCCGCGCGAGUUCCUCAAGGCCAGCGUCUUGAUGGGCUUGAUGCUGCCUGAAACCAUGGUGCGCAACAUCACGGGAAACGUGAUCACGUCCAUGUUUGUGGCGCUCGGCACGGCCGGCUGGCCCGAGCUUCUCGGCCAGCUCUUGCUGGUGCCGGAGUCGCCCGACGCGCCCGUGGCGUGCAAGGAGGCGGCCGUGCAGACCUUGGCCAAGAUCUGUGAAGACAAUGCCGUGGCCUUGGACAAGGAGUGCCGCGGCGAGCGGCCGUUGGACCACGUCACGGCGCGGCUCCUCGGCCUCGUGCAGGCGCCGCAAGCAACUCCCCAGCUCCGGGCGGCCGUGGUGCACUGCCUCAACCAGUUGGUGCCGUUGAAGUCGCCGCUGGUGCUCGUGUUCUUGGACCGGUACUUGCAGGCGCUUUUCGGCAUGGCCAGCGACACCAGUGCCGAGGUGCGCAAGAACGUGUGCGCCGCGUUCCUCGGCGUCAUGGAGGCGUGGCCCGACAGGCUCUUGCCGCACAUGGACGGCGUGGUGUCGUACUGCGUGCACCUGAUGCGGGACGCCGACGAGGGCGUGGCCAUCGAGGCCUGCGAGUUCUUGCUAGCGCUCUCCGAGCGGCCGGACGAGGCGGGCGGCCCGUUGCUCAAGGCCCAGCUCCGGGCCGUGCUUCCCGUUCUCUUGGAGAAAAUGGUGUACUCCGACGAGCAGAUCGUCUUGAUCGACAUUUUGGACGAGCGGGACAACGCGCACGACGCGGACAGGCAGGAGGACGUGCGCCCCAACAUGGCCAAGGGCAAGGGCGUGCACUCGGUCAGCAAGCGCGGCACCGCCCGCAAGCACCCCGGCGAAUACGACUCGGACGUGUCUGAUUCCGAGGGCGACGCCGCGGACGACGACUCCGACGACGACGACGACGACGAGCUCAAUCUGUGGAACUUGAGGCGCUGCGCUGCGGCCACGCUCGACGCCGUGUCGCUCAACCACCCGCAGGAGGUCAUCGAGACCACCCUCCCCAUUUUGCAGGAGACAAUUGUGUCCUCCGAGUGGCCCGUCCGGGAGGCGGCCAUCUUGGCGUUUGGUGCCAUAUCCAAGAGCUGCACCGAGCUCGCGCGUGACAAGUUGCCCACCCUUGUCCCGUUCUUGGUCGACCGCAUGAAGGACGCCGAGCCCCGGGUGCGCCAGAUCUCGUGCUGGACGCUAUCGCAAUACGCCGCUUGGAUCUGCGACGAGGCCCACGAGGGGGGCCAGUACGCGUCGUACUUCCAGCACACGUUUGAGGCCGUGGUCCUGUUGACGUUGGACCCUAAGAAACUCGUGCAGCACGCCGCGUGCUCGUCGCUCUCGCUGUUUGUCGAGGCCGCGGAUGUGUCUCUCAUCCAGUACUAUGUCGGCCCGCUUUUGGAGCACUUUGCCAAGUGCUUCCUGAAGUAUCAGCGGAAAAACUUGAUCAUUCUCUACGACUCCGUCUCGACUUUCGUCGAGAGGAUCGGGCCAGCCGUCUUUGGCCUGACGCCAGAACACGCCAACGUCUUGUUGCCACCCUUGUUGCAGAACUGGCAGCUGCUAGACGACGAUGACACGGACUUGUGGCCCUUGUUGGAAUGCAUGUCCGUGGUUGCUGCCACCAUGGGCGAGGCCUUUGCCCCGUACGCGAUGCCCGUGUACGAAAGGGCCUUGAAAAUCUUGGCCAAUGCCAUCCAGCUCAACCAGAAUGUGCAUACAGACCCGCUUAUCGAGGCCCCAGAGAAAGACUUCAUGGUGGCUUCUCUCGACUUGAUCGACGGACUAGUGCAGGGCUUCAAGGAGCACUCGGUCCAGAUGAUGAGCCAACAUGGCGCCAAUGUGAUGGAGCCGGUUUUGGCCUGCCUCGAGGAUCACGAGGAUGACGUGAGACAACUGGCCUACGCCUUGUUGGGAGACUUGGCCAUUUUCGCAUGCGAAGCCACAAUCGAGCCCUACAUCGACAGAGUGGUCAUCUGCAUCGGAAACGAGAUCAACAACUACUCGUACGGCACAUACCCCGUCACCAACAACUCCGUCUGGGCCUUUGGCGAAAUUGCCAUCAAGGCGAACCCCGAAUCUCUCAAAUCAUACAUCCCCAAUGUGGUCAACUUGUUGAUCCCUCUCCUCAACUCUUCAAACACCCACCAAACAGUUUUGGAGAAUGCGGCCAUCUGCUUGGGCCGUUUGGGUGUUCCUGGAGGCGCACUCUUCAUCGCGCAUAGGUUGCCUGAAUUCAUAUACUCCUGGUGCACUCAGAUGAUGUACGUGAUAGAAAAUGAGGAGAAAGAGUCUGGUUUCAUUGGUAUGAUCGAAACGCUCAAGUCCAGUCCUGACGCGUCGUUGGGUGGCUUGGCUAAUCCCGAAGGCCGCAAGAACUUGGCUUUGUUCAUAAGCUGCAUUGGGAACUAUUUCGAGCCCCUGGAAGCUCUUAAGGAAUUGUUUUUCCAAACCCUCAUGAGCUACAAGGAAGUUGUCGGCCAUGCUUGGGAAAGCCAAAUCAUGUCCUUAAUUGACUCCGAGACAAGAGGUUUUCUUCAAAGCACAUAUGGCAUUUGA